GGCCUUGGUUACACACCUUAACACUUAACACUUGAAAUCGCAACAGAAUAUAGAUAGGCUGCAUUUUGGCACCAUGGAUCCCAGCCUCUUUAGCCGCGACGACGGAAUUUUGUUUUUGGGCGAAGGAAACUUCUCUUUUUCUCUCAAAUUUAAGCAACAACAUGCCGAUAAACUUCGCUGCGUGAUUGCAACCUGUUUCGAGGAUGAGGACAAAAUUUUAGAGGGUGCCAAAGAAAAUGUCCAAUUGCUCAAGGAAUCGGGAGUGAGUGUUCUCUAUGGAAUCGAUGCCAGACAGUUGACGUCUUACAACCAGCUCGUCGCUGAAGAUGACUUAACGCCAAACUGCAUCAUUUUCAACUUUCCCCACAUUGGGGGCAAAAUGAAAAUCAACCGCAACCGCGAACUUCUCCAAGACUUCUUCUCCAGCGCCAGAAAGUUCCUUGCUGGGGCCUGUGCAAGACUGCCGCAGACCUCAAGACCAAAGAUAAUCGUCAAUUUGUGCAAAGGCCAGGGAGGAACUCCAGCUGACGGAGACAAUCAGAGGGACUGGGGAAAUUCCUGGCAAAUUAACGAAAUGGCUGCGAUCUCUGGUUUUAUUCUAAGUCAAGUGCUUCCUUUCAACCACAAACUCUGCAAUGGCUACGAGUCUGUUGGCUUUCGAAGCCGGGAGCAGUGGUUCCACACGACCGAAGCGAUCGUCCACGUGUUUGAACCUGCUGCGCCGAUUCUUCUUGUCUCUCGAAUCAACGAGAAAGAAACUAGCGUGCAGCUGUCCACGCGUUACGGGGACAUCGUGUGCGACCGAACGCACUUGGAUUUGUGCUCUGCCUUCACCGAAAUGGAGACAAAAUACUUUCUCAGCUCCAAUUUAAAGAUUUCUCCGCAAGUGGAUUUGUACAACAAGUUAGUGGACCUCGUGAAGAACUCUGCUCGCCUUGGGGAAAACCUGAUGGUGGUGCACACCAAUUACCUACCCUUCAACUGCGACCUGAAUUUGAAAAGAGUGCCGUGUUCGGUGGGGAACACUGCAAAGUUCAUGAGGAGAAGCCUCGCGGACGUGAUGGAGUUUUGCAAGAAGGAAAAUUUCAUCACCUACGGCCCGAUUUUCAAGCCCCUUGAUGAGUUGUCCUUCAAUGAGUCGCCAGCGCCUUAUCAAAUUUUGGUGAAACACACCGACAUCGAGAGAUUGACCGGACUGAUUACGCUUUGGCUUUCGUCCUUGAUCGGCGAAACGAGGCUCGAGGUGGAAAUGGACGACGACCAGUGGACAGUGCAGUUUUCAGGGCAGGAUCUCGCCUACAAAUGCCAAAAAAAUGCUGUCAUCAUCGAACUGGACUUGCUGGCUAUGAUUUACUUUCAAGCUGAGAAUUUUCGCGAUUUGCUCUUCUCAAAACGUUCGAACAGCACUUUUUCCCCUGUGUCUCUAUUUCCGAGGACGUUCGUCCUGGACAUUUGCUUCGUCAUUGGCGAAGCUUUCAGUGAGAAACGGUUCAACGUUCUGCUGUGGAGGCUGCUGGGCAAAUUCCUGAUCGGAAAGGAGCUGGUCAACAAGUACAGUCCUGAAGAUGAAGACUGGACUAGUCACUGCUACCGGCUGCAAUACCGCUCGUCUCUAGAAGCCCUCUCAAAGCGGGCUGCAAUCGUACUGCACCAAGAGUUCUUGCCUGAAGCCCUUUUGAACUCAAAACUUGCUCAAAAAGUAAUGUGAUUUGUCAGCACACAAAUAAUGCCAAAUGUUAACUUAUUCUAAAUUUUGUUAUUAAAUAGUACUAUUCAAGAAA